AUGACUAGUAGGUCUUCGGUAUCACAUGGUGAAAGAGCCAAAUGUCAUCCCAAUGCGCUUGCUAGGCGGCUGUUUGCUAUUGCGGAAACCAAGCAGACCAAUAUCACCGUAUCUGCAGAUCUGACGACAACCAGAGAACUUCUAUCGAUUGCAGAAGCAUUACCCUCCACCCUGCCCUUGCUAGCUAACUCCGGCUCAUUCGCAGCCUUGGGACCCUAUAUUGCUGUUUUCAAAACUCAUAUUGACAUCAUCUCGGACUUCACUUCCGACACGACUGAUCAGCUACAACGAGUGGCCGAGAAGCACAAUUUCCUUAUCUUUGAGGAUCGCAAGUAUAUCGAUAUCGGUAAUACUGUUCAGAAGCAGUACCGUGGAGGAGCACUGAGGAUCUACGACUGGGCGCAUAUCAUCAAUGCUAGCGUGCUUGCUGGCGAAGGCAUAAUAGAUGCACUUUCUCAAACCAUUGAGAAUGGGGAGGAGCGUGACAGAGGCAUCCUAAUACUGGCAGAGAUGACCUCGAAAGGGUCUCUGGCAACAGGUGAAUACACGAAGGCUUCUGUCGAAAUUGCAAGGAAACAUAAAGAGCACGUGAUUGGAUUUGUCGCAACCAGGCAACUGUCUGCUGACACUAGAAGCGAUGAAGCUGUGCCAGGAGAAGAUUUUCUCAUCUUUACCACCGGCAUCUCCAUUUCCAGUAAAGGUGACGCGCUUGGCCAACAAUAUCAGAGUCCUGCGAGCGCGAUGGAACGAGGGGCAGAUUUCUUGAUUGUGGGACGUGGCAUUUAUUCCGGAAGCGAUCCUGUUGCCUCAGCAAAAGCAUAUCGCGACGCGGGUUGGAAAGCAUAUCUAUCGAGGUUGGAAGGAUCAACAUGA